UAUUAGGGUUUCGCCUUCCCGCAUGCUUCUCGAUCGUCUGGUUUCCGUUCCGUUUUCUCGGCUGGCGUUCGAGAGAGUCUCGGCCGAGUCGUGGUCGGUUGUGAUGCUCCCAGUUUCGAGCCCCGUCGGAAACCCAUGGCUGCCAUGUCCCAUCACUUGAGUCAUCUCGCAGCCAUCGACCGCCCAGACUCACGGGUGAGCCUGGCGCGGUCCGACACGACGUACCAUAGCUUUCAGGACAUCGACCUGCCCGAACCCGAGGCCCCAUCUGGUCCAGCCCAGCAGCCGGCCGUUCGCCCGCCAUCACCAUCACCACCUCCAUCACCGGCGGCGGCAGGAGGAGCAGUAGUAGUGUCACACUGCCGCGCGAACGAAGGGCAACCACCAGCCGCCCCGGAAAUGCGCCGGAAAGACUCGGGCUACGAGUCGAUAGCCCCUCCGGACUCUCCGCCGCUGCCCCUGUGCCCGGAAAGGACCUCUUCCCCGGUCUCCCUGUUCUCUUCCACACGCAGGCGACGCACAAGGCCGCCCCACCACCACCAUCGGUCAUCGCGAUCCGGCCCGGUGUCGCACUCGCACCGGCCCCGUAGCAGCCGCCACUCCGUCUCUUCCCCGUGCAGCUCCCGCUCCCUCUCUUCCCCUCCGCCGUCUCAGCAGCAGCAGCAGCCGGUAACAUACUUUUACUUCCCGGACUUCACCCCGUCCGACCCGACCCUGACCGAGUCGGCCGAGCAGCAGCCCGCCGCGGACUCGACUUCCGCGGCCCUGCGGCAGUGCCAGUGCGAGGACCCGGCGUAUCCGCCGCAGCCGCCGCAGACGACGCACUACUGGACCAGCGACCGGACGCGGCGGAUCGAGUACGCGGCCAUCGACGCGGCGAGCAAGGGCGUCCGCGGCUGGGUGAUGCGCCACGUCGUGCCCGAGUGCUUCGUCCCGCCGAGCAAGCGCCUGAUCGGGUUCGAGGACGACCGGGGCAGCGUGAUCCGCUACCGCCUCGAGCUCGAGGCGGACGAGGAGUCCGCCGACGCCGAGAAGUCCGAGUCGGCGAGGGCCAAAGGCUGGUGGAAGGGCUGGUGGUUCGGCUUCCGGCGCCGUUGAGCCUCUCACCGAAGACAAGAGGAACACGCGCGAACUGGGAGGGGAGGUGUAAUGGGAGGGGAAUAUCCCGUUGGCAUUUUCUUUUUAUCUCUUGGGUACUCGAGAGACUGGUUUUCGCAUUUUGCACGGGCGGCGCAAUGAUUCUAACGGCAG